GAUUCGUAGCUCAUAUGGAUGGUCACUUGAGCCAAUCUGCCGUCACUUCAAUGAGGUGCUUAGAGGUAUUCUAUCAUUAUGCCAUGAAUUUAUCAAGCUUCCUGAUCCAUCAGCUGUACAACCUGAGGAUUCCAAGUGGAAGUGGUUUGAAGAUUGCCUUGGAGCAUUAGAUGGUACACACAUUGACGUUUUUGUGCCUUUAGCUGACCAAGGGAGGUAUAGGAAUAGGAAGCAACAGAUUACCACCAAUGUUUUAGGGGUUUGUGAUCGUCACAUGAAAUUUGUUUACGUCUUAGCGGGAUGGGAAGGAUCAGCUUCAGAUUCACGUGUGCUACGUGAUGCAAUGUCUCGGGACGAUGCAUUUGUUAUUCCAAGUGGGAAAUACUAUCUAGUAGAUGCGGGAUACACCAAUGGACCGGGCUUUCUUGCUCCAUAUCGAUCCACUCGCUACCACUUGAAUGAGUGGGCUGCUCAAGGGCAUAACCCAUCCACUGCCAAAGAACUAUUCAAUUUGCGCCAUUCAACUGCUAGAAAUGUGAUAGAGAGAACAUUUGGGCUAUUGAAGAUGAGGUGGGCUAUACUAAGAAGCAACUCAUAUUUUGACUUGCAAAAUCAGAUUAGGAUCAUUAAUGCUUGCUGCAUAUUGCACAACUUUGUAAUUGAUAGACAGAGAGAUAUGGAUGAUUUACUUAUACACCAAGUUGAUCAAGUAAUAUCUUUUGAACCUCAUGAAGUUCAAAGUGAAGUGGGUAUGAUUACCAAUGUUCAAUCAACAAAUGAAUGGAGCAAUUUUAGGGAUACCAAAGCUAACCAAAUGUUUGCUGAUUACCAAGCAAGACGUGGUCAAUGAUAUGGAGAAGGGCAAGAAGUCAGGCUCGGGCAGGGGUUACAUUUCUUGGAAUGAUGACAUGGACAAGGCUCUUCUUGACACAUUUGUGGAGUACUAUAACAAGGGUGACAGAUGCCAGAAUGGGUGGAAGUCUCAUGUCUAUACAACUGCUAUCAAGAAUGUCCGAGAAAAGUGUAAUGUGGAUAUCUCAAAAGACAAUAUCAUGGCGAGGAACAAGACCUUUGACAAACACUACACUAUCAUCAAUGGUAUGCUGGAAUCAAGUGGAUUUGGUUGGGAUUGGAACAAAAAUAAAAUAUCUGUUGAUAGUGAUGCUGUAUGGGAAGAAUAUGUGGCGAAAAACAAAGAAGCUUCUGGUUAUAGGCACAAGACUGUCUUGUACUGGGACUCAAUCAGCUUGGUGUUUGGCAAAGACCAUGCUACCGGUGAAGCGGCAAGGACUGCAGCUGAGAGCUCAAAAGACAUGAGUAAGGAAGAUCUUAGUAACAAAGAGCCCACAUCAUCGGCAACUUCAGGAAGUUUAAAGAGGCAACGGUCAGGCGACUCUUUUACCUCUAUGAUGGCUGAAAAACUAGACAAGUUUGCUGAAGCACUAAAGGAGGAAGCCCCUAAAGGACCAACAUCAAAAGAAAUUCUAGACACACUGAAUGAAGUACAAGGAUUGGAUGAAGACACUUUGUUGGACCUAUUUGAUAUCCUGACCGGUGACGCACGCAAGUACGAGUCUCUGUUGGCGCUUCCAGAGAGGAUGAGGAAGAGGUGGCUUCUAAAACAGCUCAACAAGUGAAGAAACUAGUUCAUCUAUAUCAAGUGAUGGAUAAUAUCUAUUGAACUUGUAAUAAUAUGUAGCUCAUCUGAAAGUAUUAUCUUGUAUUUUA